AUGGCAAAAAGUAAGAAACAAACCACGAAGUCUCAAACCGCGGAGACGUCUCAAUCUUCCACAAACAAUAACAGCAGAUUUCAAUCUAGCUGGUUCACAGAUAGUAUGAACCGUGAACAUCAUAAAUACUGUGCCGCAGCUCUUAAAACAUUGAAGCAUCAUUCUUCGGCAGCACCAUUUCUUGAACCAGUUGAUCAUGUUAAAUACAAUAUCCCAGAUUAUCCUGAAAUUAUUAAAAAUCCAAUGGAUCUUGGUACAGUUGAACAAAAGCUCAAUGAAUGUGCUUAUGAGAAUGUGAAUGCGUUUAUUUCUGAUGUUCGGUUGGUAUUCUCCAACUGUAUCAUUUAUAAUGGAGCUGGUCAUCAAUUCUCUAUUUAUGCGAAAGAAUUAGACAAUUUAUUCACUCAACAGCUUAUGAAGAUGCCUGGUGUUAAAGAGGAGAUACCGCAAAAACCUGUUGCUGAACCUUCUAGCAAAGGAACAAAGACAUUUAAACCUGUUGUAGAAUCACCUGCGGCAAAACCUGUAAUAUCGGAUGUCAAACGUCCUAAAAGAACUAUCAAGGCUCCUGCCAAAGAUUUACCUGAUGUACCUGCUGCUCGUCGUAAAAAAAUUAAAAAGAACACUGAUGUCGGAUUUUGUCGUGAGGUCAUUAGAGAAUUACGAAAAAAAAUUCAUUGGCAUUAUGCAUACCCAUUUUAUGAGCCUGUUGAUGCAGCAAAACUAGGUGUUCCUGAUUAUUAUAAAAUUAUCACACGUCCAAUGGAUCUUUCUACUAUUAAUACUAAACUGGAAAAUGAUCAUUAUGUAAAUGCUGAUGAGUUUGAAGCUGAUAUUCGUCUUAUGUUUCAGAAUUGUUAUACCUAUAACGGUCCUGGAAGCGAUGUGUAUAAUAUGGGUAAAGAGUUGGAAAAAGUUUUUGAUAAAAAGUGGGCAGAAAAACCAAAGGCCCAGGCUCGUCAAGAAUCUGAAAGCGAAUCUGAAGCAGAUGAAACAAAGGCUAAAAAGGCGGCAAAAAGUGCAAAGCCUAGUACAACUAAAAGUAUUCCGGAUAUUAGUAAACCCGUAGAAGAUGGAAAGAAAUCACUAAAACGUCCUCGAGCUACUAAUAAACGUGAAGAGCAAGAAGGACUGACAUCAGAACAAAAGGCUGAUCUUAGUGAGAGAAUUGAACUUCUCUCAACAGAUAAUAUGAAUGAACUUAUCAAAUUAGUUGAAGAAAGUGGUGCGCCUAUGGAGAGGGGAAGUGGCGGUUAUGAAAUAGAAAUUGAAUCGCUUGAUUAUAAUACUGCCAGGAAGAUGUAUGAUUUUGUAUUAAGGCAUACACCAAAAAAAGCUAGUCCUAAAAAAAAAGGGCCUCCUUCUAAAAAACCCCGUACAAAUGCCAAUGAAAAAGAUCAAGAACAAAAAAUUCUAGCCUUAGAAAGAACUUUGGCAAAAUUUGAUCACAAAUCUCCAACACCGUCUCCCCAAGCUAAAUAUGGAAGUCAUUACAGUUCGGACGACGAUUCUUCAGACAGUCAGAGUUCUGAUUCAUCUGGUUCAGAAUCGGAAGAUUCAGGUAGCGAGACUAAAAAAAAUCGCCCUGCGAAACGAAGAAAAACUACUGUUACAAACCCAAAACCGAAGGGCAAAGCUAAGGCCCAAACCCAGAAUAUAUCUCCAACUUCCACACAAACUCUAUCCCAAAAUUCUCCAAGAACAGAACCCCCUCCGUCCCCUCCUAAAGAGGAAAAAAGGAUAAUUCCACAAGAAAUGAUCGACAACUAUGAACCAUGGGUUCUACCUACAGAACGAAAGAUCACAUGGGAGCAAGUUUAUAGUGAGCUAUAUUAUGGACCUCUUCGAAAAGCCGAUGAAGAGAGACGCAGACGAGAGGAAGAGCAAUUUAGACUGGCUCGAGAAACCGCAGAAACUAUUAAGAGGCAACAAAAGCAACAAGAGAAAGAAGCCGAGGAUAAACGUCGUCGCGAUGCAGAGAUUCAAAAACUUCGUGCUGCUGCUAAAGCCAAAAGGCUUGAAGAGUGCAAGAAAGCACCAUUUGAUUUUUAUGGCCCUCUUAACGAGAUGAAUGAAUUUUAUCGAACGCAUGGCCAAUAUAUCGACCGUGGACAUAAGAAAAUUAGAGCAGAAUUUGGUCCACCAAUUCCUGAACUUCCCUAUACAGCAACCCAUAAUCCAACUCAUUUUAAUAUAGACCCACUUCAGACUCGUUUACUAAACAAAGCUCGAAAUCCGCCCAAGAGCCAAGACAAAGAUCAAAUGCAAUCGUUAUAUGUUUAUUCAAAAGUUUCAGGAUGCCAUAAAUCUACAUAG